AUGAUGACACCGAAGUUUUGGUUAACUAUUAUCACUAUUAACUGUGCUCUUUUAACAUCAUCUGUAAUUGCUGAUGAUCCUUGCAGAUACGAGACUACAAAAGGUAUCAUUGAUUUAACAAGUAUUGGUCGAACAGAUGGUAAACCAGCUUAUGCAGAUAAAACACCACCAGCAUCAGCUGAUUACAAAUAUAGUUACAAUCCCUGCAAGCCCUUUACAGAGCUACCUAAUUGUAUAGGUGUUGCAGCUUGUCAAGUCUCUGCGGACGGAAAACUUAGUUUUAGCCUUGGAAAACAAGAGAGUGUCAAAUGGAAUCCAGGAUCUGGUUUAGGUAGUAUUCCUUCAAUUACGUAUACCGAAGGUGCAAAAGUAGUGACAGUUACAUUAGUAUGUUCAGCCGAUGGAAGUGAAGACUUUGACGCUAUGGGUGAAAACCCAAUAAAUAACUACAAAUUUCGGUUAUCGCAUAAAUGUGCUUGUUGGGAUGGUUGUGGACAUACGCCACCACAACCAACGACAAAAUCACCAGGAGGUGGUGGUGGUGGUGGACUUGGUGGAGGUGGUGCAUUUGUUAUAAUCCUUCUUGUCCUUGCUAUUGUUUAUUUCGCCGGUUUUGCUUCGUACUAUAAAUUUCGUCAACAAAAAUCGGGUGCAGAACUUAUUCCACAUCGUACAUUUUGGGUUGCUCUACCUGGUUAUGCUAAAGAUGGUGCAGUUUAUGUAUUUCGUCGAGUAUCAGGCAAAGGUGCUGAGAGCUAUAAUUCAGUUUAA